AUGACGCGUCUUGUCUUGCCCUUCAUCGCCGUGCUGGUCACGCUCGCGCGCGCCGCCCCCGCGCCGCUCUUUGGCAUCAACUUGGGCUCCGGUGACGAGAGCAAAGUAAAACCGACUGCUGUCUCCCAGGACGACAUCACUGCGGACAUCCUGCGCCCGGCACUGUUCUCGCGCACCGCGUACUGCUCGGCCGCGAGCGUGACGAACAUGAGCUGUGGCGCGCCCUGCGACGCGACUCCAAACGUCAAGGUUUUGGCCGCGGGCGGUGAUGACGGCGCCAUUCCCGGAUUCUUCAUCGCCAGUGAUCCCGACACGCAGACGAUUGUCGUCGCGCACCAGGGCACUGACCCUAAUAAGGUCCUCUCGAUCGCGAACGACGUCGAGUUCUUGCAAGUGGGCGCAAACACCACGCUGUUCCCCCAGGCUGGCGACGAUGUCAAGCUGCACAGCGGAUUCCAGGACACGCAAGGGCGCACGGCAGAUAUCGUGAUGGCCACAGUGCAGAGCGGACUGGCUUCGACUGGCUUCCAACGCGUCUUGGUGACAGGUCACUCGCUCGGAGCGGCCGUCGCAUCCCUGGAUGCUGCUAUGCUUCGCAUGGCUCUUCCUGACGACGUGCAGGUUGAUUCCGUAGUGUUCGGAUUGCCGCGCGUUGGAAACCAGGAAUGGGCGGACCUGUUCGACACUCUGAUUCCCAACUUCAUCCAUGUGACGAACCAGAAUGACCCGGUCCCCAACGUGCCGCCUCACGCGCUCGACUUCGAGCACCCCUCCGGUGAGGUCCACAUCACCUCAGUCGACGACACGACUGGCAACGCCACGAUGGUAGCCUGCUCCGGUCAGGAGAACCAGGUAAGCACCCUGAUGCGUUUAGCUGCGAAACAGAUGACUGAAUUAUCACCGCGGCCAUAG